GUACUUGACAUUGUCAUGUUGCUAAAUAAAAAUACACUGUAAAAUCAGGGAUAUAUAUAGAAAGUAUUUAUUUCAAAUACAAUACAAAAAAUGCCUAGAAGACCCAAAUCUAAGAAAGAUUCAGCGGAAUCUGGCGAAGAUUCUGACGAAUACAGAAAAAAACGGGACAGAAAUAACUUGGCAGUCAAACGCAGCAGAGUAAAAUCAAAACAAAAAACCCAAGAAACAUUAACCAGAGUAAAUGAAUUACGCAAUGAAAACACAAUUUUGGAAGAAAAAGUCAAAACCCUUACUAAAGAACUAGGAUUCUUGAAAGAACUAUUUCUAGCGCACGCUUCAAAUAGUGCCAAUAAAAAUAAAUUCGAAGGGUUAGAUUUAAAUAAACUUUUACAGGAUCCAUCAAAUGAGGGCUCAACAUCAGCUGAAAAUAAUACCUAGUUGUUGGAUUAUAAGAUGAACUUGUGUGUAAAAAGUUGAAUAUUCUUUUUAUAUUCGUAUUGUACAAUGAACUUUUUUUAUAAAUUGUACAGUACAAUUCAAGAUCAAUAUAUUAAGUGGAAUGGUGAAGGAAUACUCAUUAACUUCAGAAAAAAUGUUGGUAAAUACCUAUUUGUUUUAAAUUGGUAAUUCAAUUGUAAGUAUGUAAAGUUUUUUAAGUAUUAGAAUAUUUUUUUGUAAAAAUAAUGUAUUAAAAGUACAUAUAGCGACUUUCUAUAUAUUUCUCAAUGUUUUUAGGUGUAGAUAUUUGCCUCUUUUACCUAAGUACACUACCAAACUCGAUUUUAAAUAAAAUAACUUUAUGAAAUAGUG